ACAAAAGUAUUCAUUCGCUUUUGCAGUUUGCUGCUCUUGUCCAUCCGAAAUGCCGAAAAUAAUGCCAAUAUUAUUAAUAAUAUAGUAUCCGGUAUCAGCUUUCAGUUAUUUACAUCCUCAGCUUAGUGAAUCGUCGACAUAAUGUCUCAUCAGACAGGCAUUACAGCCAAUGAGCAACUGAAAAAAUUCUUCAGUUCCUACCUAGAUCUGGAUGUUCGAGCUUUCAAAGUGUCUAUUGAAAAUGAGGAGUUGACACUAUCACACUAUGAGAAAGUCAAAGGCUCUUGGAAAGAAGAUUUUGACGAUUUGGUUCCUCCACUAGUAUUUCCAUCCCAGCCAGCAUAUAUUUUGUACAGAUUAGAUACAAAGAAUGAAACCACAGGUUAUGAUUGGUUACUGAUAAGUUGGUCACCUGAUGACUCUCCUGUACGUCAAAAAAUGUUAUUUGCUUCUACAAAAGCAACACUGAAGCAAGAGUUUGGAAGUGGUCAGAUCAAAGAGGAAUAUCACGUUACAUCACAGGAGGAUGUAAGCUUGAAAGGUCUUGAACGACAUCGUCUUUCGAUUAAAUCGCCUGCACCUCUAACGACACGCGAAGAAGAGUUAGCCGAGUUACGGAAAAGUGAGACAACUGGUCUGACAGAAAUAAGUGUCGACAGCCGAUCUCAAACUCUUUCGGGUGUUGCAUUUCCCCUUCUUCCCGAUGCACUCUCUGCCAUCGAACGUUUGGGACGGAAAGAAAUAAACUACGCACAAUUUAGUAUAGAUAUUGCCAAGGAAGAAAUUCACUUAGUCACAUGUAAAACUAUCGAACUUAGCCAACUUCCUCAUCAAGUUCCUGACGAUACUGCCCGUUAUCACUUAUACAACUUCAAGCACACGCAUGAAGGAGACUACAUGGAAUCAAUUGUAUUUAUUUAUUCUAUGCCAGGAUAUUCCUGUUCAAUCAAGGAAAGAAUGUUGUACUCAAGCUGUAAAGCUCCAUUCAUCAUAACAAUAGAAAGCACAGGCCUAAAAAUAGAAAAGAAGAUAGAAAUUGACUCAGGGAAGGAACUAACAGAGGAGUUUUUACUGGACGAAAUUCACCCCAAAAAGCAUUUGCAUCGACCUAAAUUUGACAAGCCUAAAGGCCCUCCCAAUAGAGGCGCAAAACGGAUAACAAAGCCGCAAUCGUAAAUGCAUCAAAAACAUCCUCACCGUGAAAUUAACUGUGUGUGAAAAUUUAGUAUUAAUGUUCUGUACCUCCCUUGUCAAUAACUUUUGCUUGUGUGAUAAUUCUGAUUUACCGCAGUGUUGAAAACACUCUUACCUCUAGGACGAGGGAUGCACUUUAGAGCCUUUGCAAGCUUUGUGUAACAGGGAUAGUCUUAAGUGUUCUCUGAGCUGGCCUCAUACUUGUAGCAUGGGGUGAUGCUUUUCUCUGAAUUUUGAUAUGUAUAAAAAAAAUUGUGAUCCUCUAGUUUAUUCUUUUCAAAAGAAUGAAUUUAUUCUAUUGGUUUUUUACUGAGGUAAGCUGAAUGAAAUCGUUGUUAUCAUUGACCUUAACUUUUUUAAGGGGAAAAAGUGAAAGAAGCUACUGGUUAGCUUAAAUUCUGUAUUUACUGAAUGACUCCCUUUCUGUAGUACCUGUACAUACAAAACUAUGUUUAAAUUUAUCAGUAAAUCAAGUCUUCCCAUUACAAUAAAGGCUGAAGAAAUUCCCUGUGCUGCUGACCUGUAAUGGGACACUAGCAAGGUGUGAAUUUAAACACUAUGCCACUUAUUUUCUCUUCAAAAUUCAACAAGAAAAACAAAUUACUCCACAGGAAGUCUGGGAAUCAAUUCCUGAACAAAAUAUGAGAAUUUAGAAUUACUGUCGGUUAAAUGGCAAAAAUACAAAUGAUAUUAUGUAUUUGUAUAAUCUAACAACUUCCAUUUGAUUUGUGUCAAAAAUACUUGUUUAUAUCUCGUCCAGGAGUUACUUUCCAAACUUCAACUCAUUUGUGUGAAUCUUUUUCUAUGUAAGAUUUUGAAGAGACUACAUGUGACAUUUUCUCUAGCUCAGACCUUGUUCAGUGGCCUUUUGAUAGCCUGGAGUCACAAUUGGCCUGUUUUCUCGCAGCAACUUCCCUGUCUCUUUUUUGUCUCUUGAUAACAUAAUUUAAGUUGUUUGCCUUAACUUGUUUCUUGCUAUUAAUUUAUAAAUUUUGAUUUUUGUUCAUAAAUGCAAUAAAUAUAAAUCAUUUUGAUCAGA